AUGUCGUCAAAGAGCCUUGAUAGAGUAUUUGGCAAGGUACAAAAGCUCCCGAGUGGUGCGAGCACUAAUUUUGACAUAUUUCGAUUGUUCAUGGACGACGAUGGCACGUUUCCAAACAAUCUGUAUCAGCCGUUGCUAUUGUACAAAAAUGCGUGGAAGGGGAACGAACAAGAAGCGAGACGAGCGAUUACGAAAGGAAAUCAUUGGACGUCUCCUUGGGCUUGGGGGGUAUUUCCAUACCAUCAUUAUCAUAGCAAGGCUUGGGAGAUUUUGGUGUGCAUUCAAGGCGAAGCCAAUGUCCAAAUGGGAGGUUCGACGGGACCAACAGUGCUGGUAGAAAAAGGAGACGUGGUCUAUGUUCCUCCAGGAUUUGCACACAAGCAACUUGAUGAUCGUAAUGGAUUUACUUUAUUGGGAGCCUACCCAACCGAAAGUCUGGCGGGAGGUGACUCGAUUGACACCCUCACUGGCAAACCCACUCCAGCAGAACGCGACAACAUUGCCCAUUGUGUCGUGCCACUAGAUACUUUGUGUGGCACUUGUAUUGGAGACCUGGCUCGUUUUUGA